CUUCUUCCUCUACUCACACUCCACCACCCUCAGACACGGACGGGGAACUCAUUGUAUUUUGAUAAUAUCUUCACGCUGUAUCCUCUAAAUCACCUUCAGCUUCACAGAUGAAGCGAGCCUAAAUUAUGGUGCACCUGAGCCUCACGCCGCCGCUGGAGUGACGUCGCACCUGGGCAGGCAUCACCUUCCCUCGGAGCUACAGGCCUCAGGGAUGGAAGUGGAGGGAGCCGCCGUGAGCCAGGGGGACGCCCAGCGCUGGCUCCGGCCGGCCACUGAUAAGGAGGAGUACUUCGAGAUAGCUCAUCAGAACUGCCUCUGUCUGACCUUCUACAGCCUCGCCCUCAGCGCCUCCAAGCCCCUGAAGGAGGACCUGGUCAGACGGGCGCUUGUGCACCUCUACAGGCACGUGCCGGUGCUGCGGGUGUGCCUGGGCCAGCGGGACGGUCGGCUGUGGCUGCGGGAGAUGGACGGCUGCCGGCUGGACUUCCAGGUGGUUGAAGGCGGGGUGGAGGAGGAUGAGGAGGAGAAGCUUAUGGACUACGCCUUCAACACCGCCGAGGGCCCAAUGUGGUGCGGGAGGUUCCUGCCGGCCGCGCAAGGUCUCGGGGGCGUCAUACUGCUGGGCGUCCACCACUCCCUGGCAGACGGGUUCACGAACAUCAGAAUUUGUAACUUGCUGCACGUCAUCCUGGACGACCUGUUGGCCGAGCGAGUCGUUGACGACGAGGAGCAGCUCGGCGAGCACGUGGGGGACGAGGAGGCGGAGCGGCUAUACGAGAGGGAGCGGCAGCGAUUCCUGCAUGACCCCGACCUGUACAGGCGACGCAGGGAAGAACUGGUGACGGCCACCAAGCCUCGGCCUCCUCUUCUGUCAGUUCUGGCUCCGCCGAGAGACGGAGACAUCAAAACUCGCUCAGUGAAGCUGAUCCUCGACGAGGCCACGACGCGGGCCUUCCGCAGUAAAUGCAAGGCCGAGGGCGCCAGCCUGCACUGCGGCCUGACGGGCGUGACCAAUGUGGCUCUGGUGCGUAUGCUGGAGGCUCUCGCCGAGGCACCUCCGGAGUACAACUUCGUCACGAGUCAUGACCUUGGUCUGCGCCGCUAUUACGAAGGAGACACUUCUCGCAUUCUUGGCAGCCAUAUACCAACCUUUUCCUUUAAGAUGUCUCUUAAAACACCGAGGAAUGUAGUCAACAAUUUCUGGCCCUAUGUAAAAGAAUUUCACGGCAGAUUCCAUGCCGCCCUGAAAGACAGGGUGCCGAUGCAGGCCGUCGCCGUCAGGCUUAUGGAAAAGUCCAAGGCUGACAACUUCAAGGAGUACUUCAGGACGACGGCUGACCCUGACUACUCGUACGCCCUGUCCAACAUGGCGGACGUGUCCCACAUGCUGCCAGGCAACGGUGACUUUGUGCAGGCCACAAGGCUGACGCGGUUCUCCACGCUGCGCAGCUCGGCCACCAUCAUGUGCCUCUACGUCCACACCUUCAGAGGGCGACUCAACAUCAACCUGGCCUACUCGACGCGCUUCCUGGAGCGACACGAGGCCCAGCGCAUCCUGAGCCUUAUGCACGAGACCAUCACUAGUCUCUGCUGACCCACAGGCUGUCGCCGCUAGCGUAGACCAGUUGCGAAGUUUCCAUUUGGCUUUAUAAAUUGUUGUAAAAGCGGCAAAUGUGACUUUCUUUUAAAAAUAUAUAGAUAUGUGAUAUUCCCCAGGCCUAAUAUGGAAAUAGAAACAAUAUAAUAUACAAGCGUAGAAAA